AUGACAUUUUAUCUGCUUAGUGAAUGCCUCACAUGUGGAGGCGUGAUUUCAGGGGUCUAUGACUCGCUUAAGAUUCUUUCUCGGAAAGAAAAAGGCUUGGAUAUCGACACCCUCGCUGCUGUGCUUGAAUUUUGGAUCGUCCUGGCAGCGGCUGCAAUAUAUCAGCAAUACAUCGAAUUUUUUAUAUCAUGGUUCCCCUUGUACUUCUUUCUCAAGUGCCUCCUGCUGGGGCUGUUGUUAACACCAAACAGACAUUUCAGGCAUGUUUUUUUGGAGGGUUUCAUUCGACCGUUCGUUGAGCUUGUCAAGCUCAAGCUCGACACAAACGUACUCCCAGUCAUCGAAUCACUCGUCAUUCAACAUGGCCAUUGGUUUAAUAACAGGCUUUUAGCCCGCUCCAUCGAGCUCUCGUCAGUGGAAGAGCUUUUCAAACUUGAGCAAAAUUUAAAGGACAAGCUAUUGCAAGUUCAAGACGAAAUCUAUACGAGGCAGAGAGCAAACUCGUUGAAGAGCUUACAAGAUAUUACUGAAGCCUUAUUGCAUACAGAAUGA